AUGCAGUUCUCAGGACCGCCACUCAUCGCCGUCGCGACCGGCAUCGUCGGCUCUGCGUGGGCUUCGGGUGCCAUCGUUUCCUUCUCUGUCGCGGCCCCUGCCGCCAAGGCCGUCCCGCAGACGACCGCCAAGGUCUGGUCCGAGCUCUACGCCCGCGGCUCGAGCAUCAUGCCCAAGGUCGCCUCCGUCGUCGCCCUGUCGUACGCCUACGCCGCCUACGACGUCUCUGCUCGCGGCGGUCGCUGGGCCGGUUUCGCCGCCGCCGCCGCCGCCGUCCUCUCCAUCGUGCCAUUUACCCUGACCUGUAUGAGCAACACCAACGCCGCGCUUCACAAGGCCGCCGCCGAUGCGCCCGAUGGCCCCGCCGCCGCCGCGGUGCCCGACCUGAUCGAUACCUGGUCUCUCAUGAACCUUGCGCGGGGACUCUUUCCCCUGGUCGGGACGGUGCUGGGCCUCUCGACCUUUCUCGCCAAUGCGUGA